AUGGCCCAGAAACGGACGUACCAGGGCGAAAAAGAACCGCCUGCGAGCCUUGUAAAGCGGCCAAGAACUUUCGGCACCCUUUCUAAUGGCGACAUCUACGAAGAAUACACGAUCGCCUGGAUAUGCGCGCUUCCGUUGGAAUUGGCGGUAUCGCGUGCCAUGCUGGACGAGGAGCACCCACUGCCACCCAACCAACCCGGCGACGACAACACCUACGUGCUCGGUCGCAUCGACCAGCACAACGUUGUCAUGACAUGUCUACCGGGGCAGUACGGGACAAACAACGCUGCAAUCGUCGCCACAAACCUGAAGCGAAGUUUCCCCAACAUCCUCGCCACCCUGAUGGUCGGCGUAGGCGGAGAAACGGCCGAUGCGAAGACGCCUGCGCGGCUGCUGAACUCGGCUGUGUCCGCUUUACGGUCGAAGCACGGGUCGGACCGUUCUAGCGGUCGAAUGACAAGCCUCCUGCGAACCCGGCUCCCAAACACCUUGCGUCCGGAUAACCCCGAUCGCCUUUUUAAAGCGUCUUAUGAGCACCCUCCCGGGGCGCCAACUUGUACUGACUGCGACCAAGAGAUGUUGCAGCCACGAGGCGCACGCCUCUCCGACGGACCUAGUAUCCAUUACGGAGUCAUCGCUUCAGGAAACAGGGUCAUGAAGGACGGGAAACAACGGGAUGAGAUUUCCCAGCGACUCGGGGCAUUUUGUUUUGAGAUGGAGGCAGCCGGCAUGAUGGACAAUCUCCAGUGCUUGCCGAUCCGCGGUAUUUGCGACUACUCAGAUUCUGUCACGAAUAUGCCAACCGGUGGGACCCCGGGUCACGGCACGCCCGGAGCCAAUCAUAUGAAGACCAAUCAGGGAGCCAGGAAGGCGAUCAAGAAGAUCAGUGAGCUCAGUUGCCAAGAGCAGACUGAGCAGACUGAGCACCAGGAACGACCGCUUAUCAGGAUGACAAUAAUCCGGAAGAAGAUCAAUUCCCACAAGAACAACGAGUGGCAGGAGUAUUCUGCCGCAACUGCGGCUGCAUACGCGAGGGAACUGCUGGAGGGACUUCCGUCUUUACCCAGGACACCCGGCCGGGCUCCCACGUACAUCACGGAUGUGUGCCAGCCUGAUAUCACCGGUACCGAACAUGCUUUGCAACGGCGACAACGCUUACUAAAAUGCCUUGAAUACUCGCAAAUCGAUGCCCGUAGAACCAAUAUUCGGGCUGCACGUGCCAGGACCUGCCGCUGGCUUCUACGUCACUCUGUUUACCAGGACUGGCUUGAUCCCGGGAAACAACCGCAGAAUUAUGGUUUCUUGUGGAUGCGAGGCAAAGCAGGCGCGGGAAAGUCGACCAUGAUGAAGUUCAUGUACCUGGAAACGAAAAAGGUCAAGAAUCGCAGCAUGGCCGUGGUGUCCUUCUUUUUCAACGCCCGGGGCGAUUAUUUGGAAAGAUCCAUCUCCGGGAUGUAUCGGUCACUGUUACUGCAACUCUUGCAGGAGUUCCCGGACCUACAAUCCGUCCUGGACAACACGGACGUCAUUCCGCGGAACCAACAAGAUUGCCCAGACUUGAAUGUUCUGAAGGAGCUUCUCAACAACGCUGUUAUGGCUCUUGGCCAGAACUGCUUUACCUGCUUUGUCGACGCCCUCGACGAGUGUGACGAACUGAGUCGGGGCCGUGACAUGGACUUGUCUCAUAUCCUGGACAAAGCUGCUGGCGUUUUUAUGUGGGUCGUGUUGGUAGUCGAAAUCUUGAACAAUGAGAGUAGCCACAGCGCCCUCGCUCUCAGGAAGAAGCUGUCAGAAAUUCCGACCGAGCUAAGCAAGCUCUUCAGGAGUAUGCUGGUACGCGAUCAGCAUAGACCCGAAUCACUGCGGCUCUGCGUUCUCUGGAUUCUCUUCGCGAAGCGGCCUCUGAGUCCAGCAGAGUUCCGCCAUGCGCUGUGGGCAGGCUUAUUGGAGCAGAGUCUGGUCGAUCCCGAGCUUGCAGAUGACACACACAUGGAUGCCAUCAAACUGGUUGCGAGUUCCUCGAAGGGGCUUGCUGAGAUUACGAAAUCCAACCAGCCGACCGUGCAGUUCAUUCACGAAUCGGUACGGGACUUUUUGGCGAAAGAGAAGGGCAUCCGGGACUUGUGGCCUGAACUCCGAUUCGACUGGGAAGCUCCGAGCCACGAGAUCCUCAAACGUUGCUGCACCACGUACCUGUAUCAUCCAAGAGUACAGGCCAUCGUCGUCACGCCAGAGAUCGAAGGCGAGGAAAGGAACGCCAUGGUCAAAAGCUGCUCGUUCUUGGAGUAUUCCGGUCAGCAGGUCCUCUACCACGCCGAUUCUGCAGCACCUGUGGUUCCUCAAGAAAGUUUUUUAACCCAAUUCUUUGCCUCCGAUGGAGUCAGGGUGAUCAAUCACCUCGAGAAGUUCAAAAGUCGGCGGUAUAGCCCCAAUGUCACUCCGCUCUACGUUCUGGCAGACAAAGGACUCGGAAACCUCAUUCGCACACUGAUGGAACGAGGGCCGACCGCCGGCGUUUGCGAGGGACGCUACAAGAUCCUCUUUUUGCUGCAAUAG